CAUAGUUUGGCUUAGUCGUAUUAAGGUACGUAACAGAUCAGGUCUCCGCCCUCCUUUCCUCUACGAUUUCCGUUUGGAAAUUCCACUUUUUGGACUACUUUCCGACAUUGUCUGCUCUUCCUCACUUCUGGAAGCCUAUACCAUAGGAUAUAUAUACCCUGGACCAUGCCCGUCCGGUUCUUCGACGAUUGGAAAGCUUGGAAAAAGUGUCAGAAAGUUGGCAUAUAAUCGGAUUACAGGCAAGCGGCAUAGCUUCGACAUAGCUACAACAUGUAAAAUAUGUCUCGGAAGCAAGUUCCUACCAGUUAUCCCGUCGAAGAGGGUCAAGGGGAAGAGGAGAGACAAGAGACAAAGAGGAGGGUGAUCCAGAAUGGAGAGAGGAUACACGAACAUCCCGUUAGGAACAAAGCUCCGUACUCAUCUCCUGCUGUCCAUAUGCCUUCAAUCAAUCAACUAGGAGAGAUUGCCCGACAUUGCAACAUGGAUCUCAGCUCAGAUGAGCUCAAAGCGUACCGUACACAGAUGAAACGUACAAUACACACUCUAAAUGAAGCCAGUCGCCUUCCAGAGCCAACCCUUCCUGUCAAAUACCCAAGGAUUCCUGGUCAUAAACCCGAUUCUCAAGAAAACCCUUAUAACGCAUGGACCCAUGUCUGUGAAAUCCGCGGAGCAAAACGCGGUAAACUUCUGGGUAAGCGAAUUGCUGUGAAGGAUAACAUUGCCGUAGCUGGCGUCCCACUCAUGAACGGAUGUCACGCAUUGGAGGGUUAUGUUCCUGACUUCGAUGCGACGGUAGUAACCAGAAUAUUAGACCAAGGUGGAACGAUCAUCGGAAAGACCAGGUGUGAGGAUUUGUGCUACUCUGGUAGUAGCUUUACUGGAGCUGGUGGACCAGUACUUAACCCUCAUGAUACCACACGAAGCUCUGGUGGUUCUAGCUCAGGCAGUGCUGCAGCGAUAGCAGCUGGUGACGUGGACAUGGCACUAGGAACGGAUCAAGGCGGUUCAAUCCGGUUGCCGGCGGCUUGGUGCGGUGUCUACGGGAUGAAACCUACGUAUGGGCUGGUCCCAUAUACCGGUGCUAUGUCGCUAGAACCUACCGUAGAUCACAUCGGACCUCUAGGAAGGACUGUCGAUGACUGCGCUCUUCUACUCGAGGUCAUCGCGGGGUACGAUAACGGUCUCGACCACAGGCAACAUCCAAAUAUCAGAGUACCACAAUAUACCAAAGAGAUUCAAGAUUGUCGUAUUGAAGAGGAGAGAAUCGGGAUUCUGAUCGAAGGAUUCACCACUGAGUGUGGAGAUUCUAUGGUGAAAUCAUUAGUUUACGAUACUAUCAUUCAGCUGAGACACCAUGGAGCGCAGGUCGAAGACGUUUCUGUUCCCAUGCAUAAACUAGGUUACAUGGCCUAUGCCUGUUUUGCUGCUGAAGGAAUCAACGCAGCUAUGCUUCAGAAUGGAGGUGGUGGAUACGGUCAUCAAGGUUACUACCCAUCCAGUAUGAUAUCACAAGUAGGAAAGGCAUUCAAAUCAAGACCAAAUGAUGCUUCACAUCGAACUAAGCUGACAAGACUUCUUGGGGAGUACUUGAAGAAGAACUACCAGGGUCGUUUCUAUGCGAAAGGUCGCAACUUGGUGUUAGCACUACGACAUGCGUACGAUAGAGCCCUUCAAGAAGUUGAUAUUCUAGCCAUGCCUACUGUGUCAUAUACAGCCAGCAAGUUACCCACGCAAGACUGUUCCAUCGAAGAUCACUUCAAAAUGAGUUCUGCUUGUUCCAUCAAUACCAAACCAUUCAACACUACUGGCCAUCCAGCCAUCAACAUUCCCGUCGGGAAAAUCAACGGACUCCCGGUUGGGUUAACCCUCGUCAGCCGCCAUUUUGACGAAGUCAGACUCUUACGCGUAGCCAAAUACAUCGAGCAACGGUGUAGCAAAAACAAGAAUCGAGUAACUGCAAGAUUGUAGCAAAAUGAAAAGAAAUGGAUGCACUGAAAGUGCAGUCAAAGCAGAGUUUUUAUGACGAUAUGGUGCCAGAAUUGAGACUGAUAUUUGUUUACGUGUGUGCGAAGGAAAGAGUGCCUUUCAAAUCUGUUUUUAAGAGAUAUAGGCCUACAGUACGACAAGAAAGAUACGCAACCUACAGCGAUUGACGGUCCGAUAUAGCGUUCUAGCAAAUACAACGCAACGGUUUCCACCAAUAAGCCUACGAUAAAAAGGAAAUUAGCUCUUGUGAAAUUGUCGUGUUGUUUAAUAUUAUAUGCAAGUUAAAGAGUGUAGCUGAAGCUUAGACAGGGUUUUGCAUCGUUUAAAAACGUUUCUCU